AUGGUCCCCCGUCGCCGUUUCAGCCGUCGCUUCGCUGCCAUCGCCGCCGCUGCCGCCCUCUUCUUCCUCUACCACGUCUUCUCCCUCCAAUCCACCCUCUCGUCGAGUGCCGGCGCCGACCUCGACCAUGUCGGUGAACCAGCUCCGAUCUGUCCCCCGCUGCCCGGCAUUGACGACGUGCUGGUCGUGAUGAAAACCGGUGUAACCGAGUCGCGAGACAAGGUCCCCAUCCACUUCAAGACCACCCUCCGCUGCAUCCCGCACUACGUAAUUUACUCCGACUUUGAGGAGGAGAUCGAGGGUGUCAAGAUCCACGAUGUCCUGCGGAACAUGAACCCGGAGGUGAAGGAGCAUGUCCCCGAUUUCGACAUCUACAACCGCAUCGUCAAGCAGGGGCGCAAAGGUCUCGAACAGCACGAUUUCGCGGACGAAGCCAACUCCGCCAUCGGCAAGCCUAAUAACCCGGGAUGGAAGCUGGAUAAGUGGAAGUUCCUGCCCAUGGCGCAGGAGGCGCUGAAAUACAAAAAGGACGCGAAGUGGUACGUCUUCAUGGAGGCCGACACCUACGUCUCGUGGCCGACGCUUCUGGCGUGGCUGGCCAAGUUCGACCCCAGCAAGCCGCACUAUCUCGGCACAGAGACUCAGAUCGCGGACGUUAUAUUCGCCCACGGUGGUUCUGGGUUUAUGCUUUCGAAUCCGGCUCUGCAGGAUGCGUCGGACCACUACACUGCGCGCCGCUCCGAGCUGGACAAGUAUGUCGAUCAGCAUUGGGCCGGAGAUUGCGUUUUGGGCAAGGUUCUGGCUGAUGCGGGCAUCAACUUGCACUUUACCUGGCCCAUUCUACAGAACUCCAACAUUGGUGAACUGGAUGAAUUCACGAAUGAGCUUUAUCGAGUUCCUUGGUGCUAUAUUUCUGUAGCUUUCCACCACCUCAAUCCGCUUGAGGUCGAGGACCUUUGGAAAUUCGAGCAAAAGCGCUGGCACGAUAAAAACAAACGCAUUCUCCUACAUAGCGAUGUAUUCCGCGAAUACAUCUACCCGGAAAUGGCCUCUUUGCCAACGCGACUGAGCUGGGACAAUCUCUCAGACGAGGAGCAACCGUACGCAGAGACAUUUGAAGACUGUCGCCAGAUUUGCGAGUCGCUAAAGACAUGCAUGCAAUAUGCCUGGCGCGGCGGAGUCUGCUUUACCGGCAGCCGACCACGUCUAGGAAACCCUUCAUCCUCUGGCGACGCGACGUCUGGCUUCAUCACAAGCCGUAUCCGCGAACUGAUGGAUAACAAGGGAAUGUGUCGCGCUCCUGAGUUUGGAAACAUCAACUGA